GUUAGGUGUGGCUGGAGCUGGAGCCGCUGGAGGUGCGGGAUGGGCUGGAGGCGGGCUGAAAGUUGGAGUAAGCAGGAAGUGAAGCUGUGGCUGCCCAGGGAGGAAACAGCCUGAGCGAGUUCUGCUGUGGAGAGGCCUAAGUGCUCCGAAACAUGGAGGAGGCCAGCGGAGGAAAUGACAGAGUGCGAAACCUGCAGAGUGAGGUGGAAGGAGUCAAGAAUAUUAUGACCCAGAAUGUGGAGCGGAUCCUGGCCCGUGGAGAGAACUUGGAUCAUUUACGCAACAAGACAGAGGACCUGGAAGCCACGUCUGAACACUUUAAGACGACAUCGCAGAAGGUUGCCCGGAAGUUCUGGUGGAAGAAUGUGAAGAUGAUUGUCCUCAUCUGUGUGAUCGUUUUUAUCAUCAUCCUCCUCAUCGUGCUCUUGGCCACUGGUGUCAUCCCCACUUAGGAACUCCUCCCACUCCACCCUCCUCUUCAGGGGUGACCCUCUAAUGGGUGCCAAGAGGGGUCCUCUCUUGUCUUCCACAGGAAUGCUGCUCGGUUCCCAUGAGGGCCCCCUGCCAUAUCAUAUGCCCCAGGAACACCUUGAUUCUCCCCAAAAGGAAAGAGCUGGACUAUGGCAGCAUCUCAUUGGUCCUUUGAGCGGGUUAGAGAGACUCAGAGGACCUUGCUUGUGACUGGGAAACUGGCUAGUGGGCAAUAAAGACCCUUCAGUAUCC